ACUUUCCUUUCUUAAGGCAUGACCUCACCCCUCUAGAAAAUGUUUCAGCUGUACAGAAAUCACACUAUGCUCACCAGCGAGAGCAGCGACACCUCCAGCUGUGGCCUGAGCAGCAUGAUGGAGAGCUCUAAGAACAUCCUCUACUCAGCCAGCAGUCUGCCUCACACCUUGGAUGACUUGCUGGCAGGCAUGAAGGUCCCAGAGAAAGAAGCCCGCCAGCCUCCACCAAGCCACUCUAAAUGCAGCACCAGGAAUGAAAGCGUCCUGGUCAACUUGGAUGCAAGCGAUGGGGAGACCAGCGCCUCAGACAGCGGAUCGGAGUCGCCUGUGUGUGUGGAACUCCCACCACAGCCCGUCAUCCGGGAGCACACUGUCAGCACCAUCAAUGCUCAGGUCUCUUGGACAGGCCCGCAAAACGGUGAGUUGAUUUCCUUCUAUGAGCUGCAACUGCAGGAGGCCAAGCUGGAUGGCCAAGGAAAAAAUAUCCAUUGGUUUUGCUCACAGACAGAAGAGCACUUGGAAAACCUGACUCCUGGCACGGUGUAUGUGAUCCGUGUCAGGGCUCUCAACGUGGCAGGUGCUGGGAAGUGGAGUCCACCUUACAGGUUUGGCACGAUACAUCCAGUCCCAGGCAUGCCCCUGGAUCCAUCUCCUGUUACUGUCACUGUACGAAGGCGUAGGAAACCCCAAAGGAAAACUAUCUUUAUUCCAGCCCCCUAAGACUAUCUGCACCAGGGUAAUAAAGGAUGGCACCUCCAACUUGCUCCAGGAUCAGUGACCUUCUCCAUCUCUCUGUCGGUUACUCGGAGCCUUGGCAAACCUACACGCAAAGAUCACUCCCGGCCACAAGGAAACAAUCAAAAACUU